CAGAGCAUCCAUCAGAGAGCGACCGAGAGAGACUCCAGUCCAGCAGACAGCGAAGCAAGCAAGCGAGUCUCUCUGCUCGUCCCCUUGUAACAUUGUAGUCUCUCCAUCAUCCAUGUCCGAGGCAGUUUUUCCCCUCUGGAUCUGAUCUGAACCUUGAACCUCAACGUCGAAAAAACCCCGUUCAUCCCAUUGACACCUCUCAAUCAAUCUUGACAGGGCCCCUCUGCCUUCUCGCCUCCGUCCUUCUGUACACCCACCGGAUGCUUCUAUCGACGAUCUGACGUGUCACCAUCCCAGUCUAUUGUCGAAUUGACACCGGCCACAAUCUACACCUCUGCCGCCCUCUCCAGAUCGAUUCGCGCAACCUCAACUGCCUCCCAUCACACCCACGUCUUGUCUUCUCGUCGUGCGACCUUUCUCACCGACAGAGUUAAAACAGACACAACACCCUCCUCCCGCCGGUCCACACUCAGGGACUCUAUCAUGCAGGCUGUUGCCGCAGUAUUUCGCGCCAGCCUGUAUUCCAUGGUCAAGUCUGGCUAGAGAAUCGAUGAGCAGAUGUGCUUUGCAGCGUCGCAGUGGUUGCGAGUGAACAAUUGUCUGAGGUCGCCUUGAAAAUUGAUACACUUGGUGUCAUGGCCUACAACCUGCAGCAACAGCGCCCGCGCGCCGCGCUCCAACCGGGAGAUAUACUGGUGGUGAUUCAUGAUUUCGAUGCGCGGAGUGCGGACGAAUUGACUCUUCGGAAAUCAGAUCAGAUUGAACUGGUAGAACUGGAUGAUGGCUUCGGAGACGGCUGGUACUUGGGAAGGCACCUAGGUCAAAGUACCACCGGCCUGUUUCCUGGAGUCUACACCGCAAAGCUCCCGCCCAAUUUCACUGCGGUCAGCGCUCCGAGCGUGAAACCUCCUCAAGUAGCCCACAAGCUCUCCAACGGCGCAAACGUUGGACCAUCAGAGCCGACAAUACCGGAAGACCAGACAGCGACACGUCGUUCCAUCGCUUCAAAGGCUCCAGCAAUCUCAUACCUCCCAUCCAUCCAGCGCAGUAUCGGCCAAACUCUUUCUGGCACUCAUAGUGGACAGGACAGUCCAGUGAUGAAUGAAACAUUGAGUGUCAUAGAUGAACAUAUCACAGAUCUCAGCACGCCGCGGCAGAGUCUUGCCCCUCCACGACAUAUCUCAGAGGACUCCGAAAGCGAAUAUAGCAGUCAUAUGGAUCCGGCGUCUUAUGUGGCGGGCCCGGAAACGGAUAGCGAAGCAAGCUCGCGGCUCACAGAGGCCGAUGUUAAGCAAUGGAGCGCCGCCGAGACCGCUGAAUUCUUGAGGGGAAUUGGGGUCGACCCCAAGCAUUGCGAAAUAUUUGAGGAGCAGGAGAUCACAGGAGAUGUCUUGUUGGACAUGGACCAGUCGUUCAUCCACAUGAAAGAAUAUGAUUUUGGACUGAUGGGUCGUCGACUCAAGACCUGGCACAAGAUUCGCGAUUUCCAGAACCAAGUCCGGAGCUCCAAAGACUCGAGGAAGAGCAGCUUGAGACAAGACAGUUCGAACGAAGACGUAGCACGGGCACAUUCCCGCGUUCUGUCUGGCGCUACCAUCCUACCGAGAAUACCGAGUCUGAUGGAGGAGCCAGGUCUGUCGAUCCGGCAGUCCCAACAUGCUCACCCUUAUGCUCAAGCGGCAGCCACGCCGCCCGCUCUCGAAUCGCAGAUGCCUCCCUCACCGUUCUCAAGGUCCCAGCUUGGUGGAAGCACCCCUCCGUCCUCCUGGAGGGCGUCGAUGGCCGGCGAAAGUCCUAGCCGUCCUUCAGCCGCAUCGAUCCGGGAGAUGAACCACUCCCGGCGACACUCAUCGAUCGACUUUGCCAAACACAGUGCCCAAGAGUCGGCUUUCGGAACUUUCUCCGGUGUCUCACCUCCUCACAAGAAGAACGCGUCGCUUGACAGAGACUGGUCUAUGAGUAACGCGACAACUGCGAAUGCCGGCGCAAGCACCCCUUCGCUCCGAGUGGAUAUUGCCAGAAAUACGGACUCUGCUGAUCUGCCAGAAGAAUCACCAUUUGAAGGGCCCCCUUCUGCCAUCGAUAUCGACCGUGGCUACUUCAGUGGGAAUGAGGUGGAGAAUCGCAAAUCCCGGAAUCUUUUGAGGAAGAAAGGAGAUGGAACUGGUCAUUCUCGGCAAUCCAGCAUGAUUGAUGAUGCCACUGCUCGAAGACCUGGCCACGGUGUCAUGCGUCAUUCGAGGCUCAGCAGCGUUGAUCCCAUCAAGGAGCGAGCGCCCAGCUCAAUGUCUUCGGCCGCCAAAGCUUAUUAUAGCAGUUCGACGAAAGGCCGAUUUAGGUCAUCCAGUGCGAAACACUUACCUACACAAAAGUCACCGGUGGCGCCGUCGCCGACUGUGACUAAUCUGGAGGAUGAAAGUCUGUCGGCUUUGUCGUCGCCCAGAGUGACUACUGGCUCCUUUUCGCCCACUGUCGGCGCAUCUACGACCUGGGCGGCAUCUCAAAAGGCGCGAAAACUACUCGGCCUCCGAGCGGCAUCAGACGCAAUCACAGGUAGUGAGAAAGAGGCAGCAGGCUCUUCCAACCUGACAGCCGAGCCGCUCAAAGAGAGCCCAUUGGCGUCGCCUUCCGGGUCUCAAACCCCUUCAGCGACCUCACGGAGCUUUGAGAUGGACAACAGCGAGCCACCAUCGAGGAGCACUACCGAACAACUGGGACCACUCCUUCACACCAAAACGACUGCGCGGGCGAACCCCAAGACAAAACGACAAACCAGUGCCUACACCAAGGGUUUAUUGCCCAUUUCGCCCGCCGAAGCACGAAAGCACUGCGACCAUUAUGGCUGGAUGAAGAAACGGUCCUCAGGACUGCUCGGGCAGUGGAAGCCUCGGCUUUUUAUUCUUCGGGGCCGGCGCCUUUCUUAUUAUUACUCUGAGGAUGACACGGAAGAGAAGGGCAUAAUCGAUAUAUCAGGUCAUAAAGUAUUAAGCGCCAGCUCCGACCCCAUAACGGCACUUCACGCAACCAUCGCUGGAGGAGCCUCAGGCCAUUCAGGCCAUCCAUCGGCAGCGACAGGUGACCGUCCGUCAGAUGCUUCUCGUAACUCGAGCGGAGGAGCCCCUUUUUUCUUCAAGCUUGUGCCUCCCAAAGCAGGAUCGUCACGAGCGGUUCAAUUUACGAAGCCCACUGUUCAUCUAUUUCAAGUCGACAGUAUCGCCGAAGGACGGAAGUGGAUGGGUGAGAUCCUCAAAGCGACCAUCGAGCAUGACUUGUCGAGUUUCGAAACCACCAAUCGGCAGAAGACAAUUAGUCUCGCAAAAGCGAGGGCGAGAAAGGAGAGGCCGCCUGCGCUGAGAGGAACCGAGGAGGACAUUGCAGAGUUGGCAGAGAAGCCGACCCCGGGCGAAGAGAAAGGCCCACGAGAGAGCGGAUUGAACAUACAAGGACUCCAGCUUAAUGAGUCUAAUAUAGAUCUCCAGCUGGAUAUCGACUUCAGCGGGGCAACAGGCAGUCAGGAGGACAGCGCCGUUCCGAAGACAUAGACGUGAUGAUAGUUGGAUAGAUCAUCUUCAGCAGACAUGUACUUGUUGAGACGGUGCCACAUGUAGUUGUGCCAUUUCAAGUUAUUUCCCUGCUUUAUUCG